UGGUAACCAAACUAAGAUUGCAUACAGCUCAAAUACAAGUUGCAGCGUCACAAAUCCUAAAAUAGAAAAAACAGCAAUGGCUGACGAUAUGAAAGGCAAACUGGAGACUGAGGUGGAACUCAAAUCCAGUCCUGAACAAUUCUUCAAGUUCUGGAAGAGCGAUGUCCACCAGGCUCCCAAUCACACUCCUUCUAAUAUUCAAGGAGUUAGAGUCCAUGAAGGUGAUUGGGAGACUUCAGGUUCUAUCAAGAUUUGGGACUACACCAUAGAUGGGAAACCUGGAGUCUUUAAAGAGAGAGUAGACGUGGAUGAAGAGAACAAGAUAGUAAAGCUUACUGGACUUGAAGGCGAUGUGUUCAAGCUUUAUAAGGUUUAUAAUGGCAUCUGGCAUGUGAAACCAAAAGGGCAAGGCACCUUGGCAAAAUUGACUCUUGAAUAUGAGAAACAAAAUGAGAGUGUCCCUGCUCCAACUAUUUACAUGGAUUUUAUGAUUAGCAUGACUAAGGAUAUUGAUGCUGCCCUUACCAAGCCUUAGUAUGAAACUGGUUUCUCUGGUUUUCGUCUCAAGGUCUUAUGAAGAUCAUCUGUGUGUGUUAAAAGUGGUCUCUGUGUCUUUUGUAAUAAAAGCGUAGCCAAGAGCCUAAUCAAGUGCUGUAAGCUUAAUUUGGUUUUAUGCAAUGUGUGGUUGUUUGAAAGCUAUCUGCUCGUAAUUUUGUUGAUCGUGGUGUUAUGCAAGUACUCAGUAAAUGAAAUUGAAGCUCUAGUCUGAUUUCCUUUUUU